UUAAAGGAGGAAGGAUUCACGAGUCAAGUUCGGUGGGGCUCAGUCUGGGUCAGUAGAGUGCCGGACUCGAAUGUGUCAUCAGGUCAAUGUGCUAUACACUGAAAUCACGGCAUUAUGACUUCGAAACUAUCAAGAUAUUUAUUUAUUUUUGUGACUGUUUCACAAAUACCAAGAUACCCGGCUGUGGUACAUCAACCUCAGACGUAUUCAUCGACAGAUUCAACCGAUUCCGGGCAGGAACCUCCGGAAGGAUAUUAUGCUUUCAUCGAGGCUCCGCGAAUGGACCCGCCACAGGUCCGUCCUCCGCCUUAUUUCAAGUCGACCAAAUUAUGCCCGGGGGUCAACAAGAAUCCGUCAGCGAAAACGCUAAACAAUUUAUGCGGCGAUCUCAAUAAAGGUUUUUUACCGUUGAACCCAAUGAAACAAAACGUACUAGGAUCUCCGUACCCAUUUGAACUUAUGAAGAACAAGACACUGGAGUUUUUUAGCAAAACAUUGCCAAUUCUCAAAGCCGACGAAACCAUUCCGAAAGUGGCAAAAUAUGUUCCACCUGAAGGAUACUAUCACAGCAGCACUACUACCCAAAAAUAUUUACAAGGAAAACCAUUUCGACGUAGAGCAAAGUCACAUUCUCUAGAUGAUGUGAGCAUAGACGACGACAACGACGCUACUGUAACAUCUCAAAACAGUACAAGGCACUCAAGGAAAUUCUGUGACACUAGUGGAGGAGUAUUUUGUAUGCUGUACAAAGCCAUUCAAGGACAAGCGUUAUCUGGGUUGUUAGCUCAACGUCGAACAGAACAACUGGAGUACAGGACUCGCGAUCCGGCUCAUGCAUCUGCCGCCACCAUGGACGGUCCACCGACACCUUGUCCAGCUAAAGUCGAAUAUGCCACACCGGUGUUCGCCCGAAACUACCAAGGGAUGUGGCGUUAUGUCGUGCAGAUACCAUACGAAGGUUACUUCACUCAGACAGUGGAAGUAACUAAAUGCACACAAUCUAAAUGUCAUUACAUUGAUGGCGGGUGUUUGUCGUCGCCGAGAUGGGUGAGUUUAUUAGUUGCAGAAGUAUAUUACCCGGAUACGUAUUUGCCAUCCGCUUCCAACAAUAUUGGACGACGACCACCACCAGUAUUGUCACAAACACAAGGUCAUCGAAACACUGACGAUCCACCGCCAGUACAGGAUUUCCAGAACUUUCAACAGUACUUACAGAAGCGUACCCCCCAAAGUACAGGUGAUAAUAGUAUGUCGCCUUUGCAAGGAUCAUCUACUACAACACCAAAGAAAAAGUCGCACUGCGACGGUAUCGACGAACUUGGAUGUUUCCAGGUAAGACUUUAUUACGACUGGUUUUUAAUUCCUGGGAGUUGUAAAUGUUGGAGACCAGAUUACUUUUCCAGAUUCAUUAAGAGGAAAAAUACAUCGCCUGAAUUGUAAAAUAUUUUAAAAACUAAUAUUUUAUUUUAGUUUUAAUUGUAAAUAAUAACAAAUGUCAAAUAGUUACUUAAUUAAUGCACAAUGAAUGUACAAUUUACCACGUUUUAGAAGUAAAUUUGUUUUACUGAAUUGUUCUUUUAACGUUUUACUAUGUAGUGUACUAUUUAUAAUAACAAAAUCAUAAUUUUUGAUUUGCAAUAGUAUAUUGUGUAUUCCAAUUUCUAUGUAGGUUUAAAACAUAUAAUAUUGUCUUGCUCAAUGUAUAUUGACAAAAUACCUACUAUAUUUUAAGUCCCUUUAUUAAGCUUUGUAAAUAUUAAAUUAUUUAUUUAUAAAAUACGUACCUAAUUUUGAUUUAGUAAAUAUUGACUGUAAUUUAUUGCACUUUACUUUAAGAAAAUAUUAUAUUUUGUUCGAAAGAUAAGAGGGCGUUAUGGCAUUAAGUAUUUAGUAGAAAUAAGAUUCACUAAACCGUCGUUAAUUUCAAUAUAACCUACUUUUAUAUACAUAUACGAGUAUAUAUAUAUAUAUAUAUUGGGACGGUCCUUUAAUUUGACAUGGGCAUGGGCCGUCAUUUGGCUCCUAAUAUUAAAAAAAUAUUUCUCUAAUUUUUUCAGAUUUUUAUUUCAUUCCUUUAGUCUUUCUGUUUGCACAUCAAAUGUAUGCUGUCACGCAGUCCAGCCCAGCGGCCCACGCCAAGUGUACACAUUUGAUGUGCAAACAGGGAACUCAUGUGGAUGAAAUGAAAAUCUGAAAAAUUAGAGAGAUAUUUCAUUAAUAUUUGGAGCUGAAUGGCGGUCAUCCAACCCAAUGUCAAAUUUAAGGAGCAUCCUAUAAAUUAAUAAUGGUGAUUGGAGGGACGAUAAAAAAAUGAUUCAAUAGUAACAAUGUAUACUAAAGAUUUUUAUAUAAAUAAAAAAGUCAAUGAGUUAUGGAA